GUCUCGUUCCUGAAGCACAAAAACAUCACGAGGGUCUGUUGCGCUUUACACUCUGGCAGCGUCGGGAGCAGGUUGCUGGAGCGCCGUCACCGAGGCCGAUACACGAACCCGUUGCCUUCAGUCGUCCGGUGUGGUUCCGUGCCGCUGAGACUCGAGCGCUUCGGAGAGACGCGCGCCCUCGCUCCGCUCGCAGCAGCUACCCCGAAGCCAACAUGUCGUCUGGCACCAACCAAGUGAAGAGCUGCCCCAUCCCCACCAAAGUGCUCACCCUCAAGGACUGGUCCCAGCUGCCCGACUGCUACAGCCAGACACCCGGGGGCACGCUGUUCUCCACCACGCCCGGAGGUACUCGCAUUAUUUACGACAGAAAGUUUUUAUUGGAGUGCCGGAAUUCUCCUCUGGCCCGGACCCCACCAUGCUGCCUGCCUCAGAUUCCUGGGGUGACGGUCCCAGCGACGCACCCCAUUGGGAAGCUGCAGGAUCUCAAAGAGGAAAAUGAAGAGGAAGAGAAGGACAGUGCAGAUGACAACCAGUUUGAGAUGGACAUCUGAACUGCUUAACUACCUCCUGUGGAGAGUUCUUGAUGAAACACCUCCGUGGUCUUUUACGACCACAGCGCAUCAAAAACAAAGCUUUUUUCACUUGUUUUUUUUUUAAAGGAGCGCUUAUUUUGUGGAAACAAAAGGACGGAAUUGGGCAGGAAUAAGGGUGUUAUCCGCCCCGAGAGUGUGCAGAUUAGGAUUUUAUUUUGACUGUAUUUGAUUGCUGACUUACUAAGGAGGAGGUGCUUGUGGAUUUUUAAGAAAAUCCGUUUUGAUUUCUUUUAUAUCUUUUGUAAAUAUAUAAAUUGUACAUCAUAGUCUGAGUUGGUUAAUAACACGAUUACAUGAAGACAUGUAAUGGGUUUUUCAGUGCCGUUUUUUUAGCCCUUUAAUCCCGAGGGCCACUUCUUUUUCUUUCCCAUUGGCAAGUCCCUCCUAUCUUUAGGAGCCGGGGUCUUUUGAAAACAUUUCUGUUGAUGGUGACGUUGAAUGUGAAUGAUUUGAAAUAAAGGCCAUUUAUCUUGUCUGA